CUUCUUUUCACCCAGCGGUGAUUGCACGUCGCCGGGAUUGUCCACCGCCACCGCUCGUCCAUCACCCAUCGUCCGCUUCCCUGGCCCAAGAUCUCGAGUCGGAAGCGGCGUGUCUUGACUUCAGCACUCACGCCGUCUGCCCGCUCGCCUGCCCGCUCGCGCGCCCAUCCAUGAGCGCUUUCGCAUAGCAACGAGGAAGCGAGCCCCUAUAGAGAUACCCAAAGAUGCACUCGAUAGCUGCCCAGCCACAAGCCAAUGCGGCCGCGGCAUCGACGUCGUCGUCGUCGUCGCCGUCGUCGUCGACACUGCCGCGCAACCGGCUGACCAACAUGGUCAAUCCCCUGCGCAAGUCGUCGUCCUCCAAGGAGCUCAAGAAGAGCGCCACGGCCACGGCUGCCCACUUUGACACUUCGCCGCCGUCUUCAGCGUCGCCCCUCUACCGAGGCCUGCAGUCGCCGCCGCCGCCGCCGCCUCCGCUGCCGCCGCCGUCAGGGGCAUCGCCCUUCUUUCCUGACAGCGAACACUUCAGCAACGCGCCCUCGUCGCCUUCAUCCCCAGGACGAGGCGCAAAGGGGAGGCAGUCGGCAGCAGCGAGAUACUCGGGCUCGGGUGGGACGUUUAGCAGGCUGCGAGGCAUGAGCGGCUCACAGAGCAACGACAGCGACUUUAUCCCCUAUCGCGGGCCCAUUUCGCCCCCACCCCCUUCGUCGUCCAUCAACACACCGGCAUCUUCGUACGCCACCUCGCACUUUGCGCCGCACCUCCGCUCCUCGGUCGGCUCCUCGUUUGCGCACGCCAGCUCGUCGGCCGCGACCACGCCGCCGUCGUUGGCCCAGCCGGUCCUCGGACUGGGCCUCGUCGCAUCGCAAUCGCGGCCCACUUCGCGAGACGCUGGCGACCGCAGCAACAAGGAGCGCACCUACCUCGCUGGUCCACUCUCGUCUACCCCAAGCGGCGCUGCUGCUCAGCCGUCCAACACCUUGGCUCCUGCUGCAGCCAACCCUGUUGCGACGGUGCCCACGGUGCCCACCCCACGGUCGACGCCCAACAUGGGCUUUGGUCUGCCCGUCGCGUACGACCACAGCGCCCACAGAGACCAGCCCAUCGAGACGCCCUCGUUUGCCCACCAGUCCUACCUCCCUGCCCUCCUUCGCGCUGGUGGCAGCGAGACGACAUCCUCGUCGAAGCGCAGGACAAUGCUGCCACACGAGUACCGAGCAGCGCCUCUGCCUCUGCCUCUGCCGCUGCCGCCGCCACCGCCACCGCCACCGCCGCCGCAAGCACCGUCCGCGUCCAAGAGCCUGAGCAAGCAGCAUUCGACCAGCAACUCGCUCUCGUCAUCAGACGGCGACGUCGCUUCGUCUGCCUUUGGCGGCAGGACGAGCCACAGUGCGAGCACGAGCAUGACGAGCUUGAGAGAGCCGUCCGUCGUCGCCGCCGCCCAACGGCCGUCCUCGAGAGACGAGGCCAAUCGGAUGUUGGCGUCUCAGCAGCAGCAGCCCACGCGCCCGUUCCACGAGGGAAAGACGCCCGCACGCCUCCAACUCGCCCCGUCGUCGUCGUCGUCGUCGUCGAGACAGUGGCGAGAAGAGGAGCGGAGAUCCAAGAUGGCAGACGCCGACGAAGCGCAGUGGGCAAAGGUGCUCGAAAAAAGGACGGGCGAGGACCAGAAGGCGGUCCUGUCGCCCAUCCCUGGCUCCUCUCCGCGCGACGGCACCUCGUUUGAUUCCCCCAACGGCGCACCCCUGCGAUCCAGGAUGCUCUCUGCGCAGGAGAGGGCGGCCCAGCUGGAGCGCGAGCAGGCAAGCAGGAGCUACCGCCUGCUGCAGCAGCUCCACCUCGACGAGCUCGAGGCGCACGACGCAGACAACAGCGGCUACCUCGAAGCAAAGGAUGGCUGCCAGCGCGUGCUCAUGCCUAAGCCAUCGCUCAAGCAGCAGCAGCAGCAGCAGCAAACACCCUUGUAUGCGUUUCCUCCAAAGUCGCACGAGCCGCAGGCCGUGAGCCUGGAGCGAAACCGGGUGCAUACAAAGAGUGCGCCAGACAUGCGCGCUCGUGUCCGCGCACAGCAGGUCCUCGCCUCCUCGCUCGUCAUCCCCGAUCGAGACUCGAGCCUGCGCGACCGUCAUCACCGACCGCUGUUCCACCAUCGUAUGCCUCCUGAGCCACCGGCGGAGUCUUUAGACGCACUGGGAGGUAAUGAGCAGCGGAGGCAGAGCAGAGCGCUGCGCAGCCUCUUUGACGCUCCGCCCUUGCCCACCCCCCACCUCACUCCCUCGUCGGGCCGCGAAGAGGAGUGGGACGAGCCAGACACGCCAGACUUGGCCACCGUCAUUGCCCAGGGCCAGGCGCUCGAAGAGGAGAGGGAACGAUGGCGCCGGCAGCACCAGAGGAGCUUUGGCACCGCAGAGCACAAGCGCAGGAACCCCAGCCGCCAAAUGAGGACUGGCGGCAGUCAGCUGGGCGCCGCAACAAACAAGUCGGCGGCCGACGACGCUGACGGCCAGCGUCGUCGGGUUCGCUAUGCGAAAAGCUCGCCGGACUUGGCCGUCGACGUGGAGAAGCGGACGCGGUUUGAAGAGGAGCUCACGUCGCCAGCGCCCACCAGCUUUUCCUUUCUCAGAAAGAGCGCCGUCUGCGGCGGCGGCGGUGGUGGUGGUGGUGGGAGCGGGGCCACCAGCGGACAACAUGGUCGUACGAGGAGUCAGGGAGACGAGGCCGGCUGCUUUUCGGCUCGCUCAGGCAAACCGCGGCCGAGAGCAAACACGAUUAGCACACAGACGCGCAGGCUCAGCGCUAUGCCAGACCAAAGCAAGGCGGACACCAGGACGCUCGUUUCCGACGAGCCAUUCAUCAUUGCCCGAAGGGGCGACGAGAUGCCCGUCGCUACUCUCCACGGUGGUGGUGGUCGUGGCGGCAGUGGUGGCGGCAGUGGUGGUGGUGGCGGUGACGGCAGCGGUGGCAAGGGCCAAUAUGGCGUCGCGUACUCCUCGCCAAGGCCCUACCUCGGUGAUGAAGAAGCGCCUCAGCUGGACACGGGCGUGGCAGGCAGGCAGGCAAUCGACAGGCAGAGCUACCUUCUCAGCACCCCUCCGCAGAACGACGUUAGCCUCUUUCCCGCACCAAGUGCCUCGGAGACCAGAAGCAGGCGUGGUGGUCAAGUCUCGACGGCCUCGGCAUUCCCGGGAUCUGGUCUGGGCUCAUCGUACACGGUGGCGCCGUCCUUUGGAACGUCGCUCCCGGCGCCACCGCCUCGCAAGAUGAGGUCCAGCACCUCGAGUCGCAACGAAGAUGUGCCAACCGCUGGGGAGCACCUGGAGCAAAGGCAACGGCAGCAGGGCCAACAGCAGCCCUUUACCACGCCAGCCUUCUCUGCCCUGGAAAACUUUGUCUCGUCGGUGGCCUUUAUGACGCCGCCAUUGCUUGACACGACGUCGAGCAAGCCCGGGUACUUUGCUGCGGGCUCAUCCACAACGACGCCCGCCGAGCAAGAACGGCCGUCGACGGAAGAGGAGCCGACAGAUGUGGUCUCGCUCCGGCGAAACACGGACCAGACCAUCGCCACCACUACCUCGUCCUCGUCGGACAGCAGCAGCUACAGCCGCAAGAGCCCCUCUGUGCGCGAGCUCUGGAACACGGACAAGGAUACCGAGGAGCAGUUCUCCGAUCUGUUCCUGCAGAGACGGCGCCCGGGCGACGCUACGGCUGGUGCGUCUGUAUCCACCCCCAGGCAGGAGCAAGGCAGUCAGCACACACCUCCCCUAUUUGAGGUGCCACCAGCGCAGAGAGGAGUCCCGUCGCAGAAUGACAACAGCGCAGACUCGGCCUUCCGGACCAGACUCGCGAGUUUCUCGGCUACGGUUCUCAAUGUCGAUGACGACGUCGAAGAGGCUCUAGCUGUGCCCACCUCGCAGCGACCGCCGCUCGCGUCAACCCUGACGGUGCGCCCAUCGAGGAUCUCGCCCACCCAUGACGAACGUUUUUCUGCGGGAGGCGAGUCGUCAAUCUUGGACCCCGAGAUGGCCCUCUCUGUGCCCACAACUCGCGGUGGUGGCGGUGGUGGCGGCGGUGGUGGCAGCGGUGGCAGCAAUGAGGGAGCCGACAGCUCCACCUCGUCGCCUUCGUCGACAUCGCGCGGCAAGAGCAGCCAGCAUCAUUCGCAGCUGAGCGCACAGCCGACUAUCGAUCGCAGGGAGAGCGCGAGCUCCCUCUUUGAAAACCACUACCUGCUUCGGCCUACCAAUUGGCCGACACCCCCUCCGCCCACGCCCCAGCAGCAGCAGCAGCAACAGCAACAACAAUUACAACAACAAUUGGAGAGGCAAGGAUCACCUUCCUCUCAUCAUCCACCCUCUCCUCGUCAGCAGCAGCAAUGAGGAGAGGAGCGAUGGACACUUUUUUUUACUCCUUAUACACCGAUUUAGUAUUGUCGAAGCCCCAGACCAGAUACCCUUACUGUACUACUCAUUCGUCUUCGCUUCCCCUAAUAUUGCGCU